AUGGUUGCUGAAGCCCUGGAUGCUGACUCCCCUCUCUCAGCCUUUCAAUACGGUGGAGGCACAUUUACCAGUAGCUCUGCAAACCAUGUUCACCACCCCAGCUCCAGCAAGCACUUGCUGCAAGCUUCUCACAAACCCCAUAAAUACUCCACAGCAGGACCUCCCAAAAGGGCCAGAUCCACUCCUGACACCAGCGUGAUCCAGGAAGCCAGAUUUCAGGCGAUUGAGAAAGACCAUAGAUAUGAAUGUCAUACUGAGUGUGAUAAAAACAAGAAACCUAUUCCUGAGAUUAUAAUCAAUAAAGACACUCCUUCCAGAGUAAGAGCUCAUGAGACUCCAUUACAUGUAAGAAACAUUAUUGGUCAUUUAUACUUACCUGAGAAUCUCAGAGAAGAAACUAAAGGAAAACCACUCCUAUAUAAGGGAGCUGUGGCAAAAGCUUUUACACAUCAGAAACAUUGGAAAGAGAGCAGUUAUUCUGAAUCUCUUCAGGUACUUGAAACUUCUCCUAAUGAGAAACCCUGUAAAAAUCAACAAUGUAAUGAAGCCUGUAGGAGUCUCUGUUUUGACCAGCCUCAGGAGAGAACUCAUACUGAAAAUAAACUCAAUGAGAAUGUCUUAAUGAGAUAUGCACAUGGCCAGAAUGAAGUGAAACAAUUUGUAUGUAGUCUCUGUGAAGAAUCCUUCAUUGAUUCCAGUGAGCUUACCAACCAUGAAAAAUGUCAUAUUGAAGAGAAAAGGUACAUUUGUGGGGAAUGUGGCAAAACAUUUAAAGAUGCAACAUGUUUUGAGAAACAUAAAGUAACUCACACAGGAGAGAAGCCUUAUGCUUCUAUACAUUUUGGAAAUGCCUUCACCCAAUUCAGUCAUCAUAACAGUCAGGAAAGCAGUUACACUGGACAAAAGCCUUAUGCCUGCAAGCAUUGUGGAAAAAACUUCACCAGUUCUUCUAAUCGAAACAAGCAUGAAAGAAUUCACACUGGAGAGAAACCUUAUGCAUGUAAGCACUGUGGAAAAACAUUCACCAAUUCUAGUACUCAUGACAUACAUGAAAGGAGCCACACUACAGAUAAACCUUAUGCCUGCAAGCAUUGUGGAAAAGCCUUUUCUUCUUCCAGUAAUCUGAAAAUGCAUGAAAUAAUUCACACUGGAAAAAAGCCUUAUGCAUGUAAGCAUUGUGGAAAAACCUUCAACCACCCCAGUCUUCGUAUUAGACAUGAAAGAAUUCACACCACAGAGAAACCUUAUGCAUGUAAGCAUUGUGGAAAAACCUUCACCCGUUCUUGUCAUCGAAACGAUCAUGAAAGAAUUCACAGUGCAGAGAAACCUUAUGCUUGUAAACAUUGUGGAAAAAAUUUCACUCGUUCUUCUCAUCGAAACAUUCAUGAAAGAAUUCACACUGGAGAGAAACCUUUUGCAUGUAAGCAUUGUGGAAAAAACUUCUCUAAUUCUUCUUAUAGAAACAUUCAUGAAAGAAUUCACACUAGAGAGAAACUUUAUGCAUGUAAGCAUUGUGGAAAAGCAUUCACCAAUUCCAGUAGUCAUGACAGACAUGAAAGGAGCCACACUACAGAGAAACCUUAUGCAUGA